AGCCUCUACCAGCUGCCGGCUACCCGCGUCGUCGAGAGCCGGCUGUGCCGCGAGCAUUACCGCGCGCACGACCCGUCGGCCCUGCUUCCGGACGGGUCCGUGCCGGAGGAGCUGUGCAAGGUCGAGGCGGUGCAGCAGCGCCUCGGCCGCAUCCAGGGGCUCGGCGAGAUGCUGUGGGUUGCCGGCGAUUUCUUCAUGACCAUCCCGCUCGUAUCGCUGGCGGACCACCGGGGGCAUCACUUCGUGCUGUGUCUCAACCUCGUCCCUCGCGCCGUCCUGCUCGGCUGGACAUUCGCCGUCGGCUACUUCGACCAGGGCCUGCCCGUGCACGCCAUCCUCGCCGCGCCCGCGCUGUCCCUGCUCGGAGGAGACUGCGUCUUCAACUCGAUAGUCUACGCCCUGGUGUCGGAGCUGACGGACGACCACGUGCUCCGCGCAACCUUCUUCGGCUACGUCAACGCCGUCACCUCCAUCUUCUCCCUCCAGCUCGGCCCUGCCCUCGCAUCCGCCAGCAUGAGCGCCCUGCUCUGGCUGCCGCUCUGGAUCGGCAUCUUCCUCCUACUCCUCGCCGUGCCGGCCGUCUCUGCCCUCCGGCUCCCUUCCCGGCCCCAACACCGCAACCUGCACCUGGACUCCGACCCCGAAGCCAACGACCCCAGCACCCCGCUCAUCCCUCCCCAGAACUCACCACCAAGAACCAGCAGCAGCGACAGCGACAGCGAAAGCAACAGAACCCGCCCGGCCCUGGCAGCACGCACAACCGCCCGCCUGCGCGCCCUGCGCCGCCUCCUGGCCGCGCCCUCGCGCAACCUCGCCCUGCUGCUGGCCGUCUUCUUCCUCGCCGCGCUCGCCAGCGCCGACACCAGGCUGCUGCCGCUGUACGUCUCGGCGCGGUAUGCCUGGCGCCUGGCGGACGUCGGGUACCUGCUCUCGGCCAAGGCGGGGUGGAACUUCGUGUGGUUGUCGCUGGUGGUGCCGUGGGCGCUGCGCUGGCGGCGAAAGCAGCGGCGGCGGCGGCAAGGGUGGCGGGGGGGUUGUUAUCAUCGUGCAGAAGAUGCAGUCACCGGCGACGCGGACACGGACACGGACACCGACGCCGACGCCGACGCGGAGAACGUGGUGCUCGCGCGCGCCUGCCUGGCGGUGUCGGUGCUCGGCGCGCUGGCCAUCGCGCUGGCGCCGUCGAUCGCCGUGCUGCUGCCCGCGCUGCUGCUCUACGCGCUGGGCAUCGCGCUGCCCAUGUUCACGUACUCGCUGCUGCGGUCGCCGAGCAUGGGCGUCGUCGCGGACGCCCCGGGCGGCCCGGGCUCGCACCUGUUCUCGUUGGUCAUGCUGGUCCGCACGGUGGCCUCGCUGCUGGGCGCCGCGCUGAUGCCCUCGCUGUGGGUCGCCGGGCUCGGGCUCGGCGGCGCCGCCCUGGGCCUGCCGUUUAUGGCCAGCGCGGCCUGCUAUGCGUUCGCGUGGGUGUUGGUGGCGAGGAUCGAGGUCUAA